CAAUCUUGGAUUGAAUUGUUGAUCACAUUUCUGUCUGGGUGACGCCGAAGAGAACGCCGGGAAUCGAUUUCUUCAGCCUUUCAAUCAUGCCACAUACAGGUCAAGCUGGUGUCAAUCAAUUGGGCGGCGUCUUUGUCAAUGGACGUCCCCUGCCGGACUGCGUCCGCCGUCGGAUCGUGGAUCUGGCCCUGUGCGGAGUCCGUCCCUGUGAUAUCUCCCGCCAGCUGCUGGUAUCUCAUGGUUGCGUCUCCAAAAUACUGACACGAUUCUACGAGACGGGCUCCAUACGACCGGGUUCCAUUGGUGGCAGCAAGACCAAGCAAGUGGCCACGCCCACUGUCGUAAAGAAAAUCAUCCGGUUGAAGGAGGAGAACAGCGGCAUGUUCGCGUGGGAGAUCCGGGAGCAGCUGCAGCAGCAGCGCGUCUGCGAUCCCAGCUCCGUGCCGUCCAUCAGCUCCAUCAACCGCAUCCUGCGCAACAGCGGCCUCUGGACGGACGAGAUGACCUCCAGCCAGCAGAAUGCGGCGGCUGCCGCUGCAGCGGCGGCGGCCCAUCAGGCGGCAGGCGGAGGCCCAGGCGGACCAGGAGCUGGCUAUGCUACGCCCACACCGUCGGGAACCAAUGCCCCGCCCUCGGCCACGGCCACGCCCAACGGCGGUCGCUACGCGAAGCCCUCAGCAAUGAUGAUGACAUCCGCCGGAGGGGAGCUGCCGCUCAAGCCGGCUCCCAAGCUGCCACCCAGUCAUGGGCAUUCCCACGGACACGGACUGUCCAGCCAGCUGGGGGGCCUGGAUCUCAGCUACUCGGCCCUGCACAAGCACUGGCUGUGGAAUCCCUCGCUGCUGUACUACACGCAGGCGCACAUUCAGGCCCAGGCGGCCGCCACGGGGGCCCAGUUCCUGCCCUACGGCGGCGGCUACCUGCCCCACGGCAUGGCUGCGGCUGCAGCAGCAGCAGCGGCUGUCGGAGGCGGAGCGUCCAAUGGCGGGGGAUUCACCAAGUCGGAGAGCUCAAUCGACCUGUCGACGCCUGGGGCCACCGGCGACGCCCUCAGCGACUGUGAUUCGGGCAAGUCCUCGCCGGCCGCCCUCUCUCUGAGCGCGGCCCGGGGACAGCUGCUAGGCCACAGCCACAGCCGAAAAAGGAACCCCUACUCCAUUGAGGAGCUGCUGAAGAAGCCGGAGAAGCGGCUGCGCCUCAGCAGCGAGUCGCAGGCGAGUCUCCUUGAGGGGAAGCGGCGGAGCGAGCACCUGGAGUGCCUCUCGUCCAGCUCGUGCGAGAGCAGCCAAGACGGCUCCUCCGAGGAUGUGUUAGUGCAGACGAGUCCUUGCACCCCCAUCCCCCUGCCUGUGGACACGGAAGUCGUGCCCGUCGACGAGGAAGACGACCAACAGCAGGAGGAGGAGGAGGACUGCAGCGUGGAGGUCGUCAACUAAGUGCAGGAGGAGGAGAAGGAGAAGGAGGAGCAUCUCUCAAUGUCCCAGUUUUAGCCCUGUAUAUAGAUAGUAUUAGUAGUACUAGCUUUGCCCAGUAUCCCCCC